AUGCUGAGUCAGAAGGAGACUUCAGCACAGAAGACUGUGGUGGCGGUGCACACCGAGGGUGCUUCAUAUUUGAAGUCUUCCGACAGAAGGGGUGAGGAAUAUCCCCAGGAGGACGAAUCGGAGGAAGUCGAAAAUUCUGUGUGUGUUGCCGAGGAUACUAAGGGCAAAUUACUAGCGGCUAAGCUGGAAGCAGAACUCAAGGACAAGUCUUUGAAGGCGGUAAUAAGACAACUUAGUGAUGAGUUGUCUUGUGCAAAAAGAGAACGACUUGCAGCUGAAACCGGACUUGACGAAUUGGCUGCAAAUCUAAAAGCUGGAGAAGAGAAAGAUAGAAGGAUACUUCUGCUGGAGGCUGAUAUAUUGCAACUUAAAGAAGAUUUGCUCAUAUCGCAGAAAGCAUCCAAAACAUCCAAAAUCGAGGCUGAUGAAUUGGCUGCAAAAUUAGUGGUCAAUAUCAACGAAGAUAUGAUGGUUGAAGAGGUUUAUAUGGAAGACCUAAUUGCCGAAAAAGAAUCAACUUUGAAAAAGGUAGAUGAGCAGCUCGCUGGAAAACUGGAAACAGGGAGAUUGGAAGAAGUCGAAGAUAAGCUGUUUGCCAGCGAGAUGAAGACUAAGAAGAAAAGCAAUCUGCGUCGCUGGAAUAAUAAGAUGGCGCUGCCAAAGAAGGAUGAGAACUUGGGUCACAGAAAGAAAACAACACAAAAAAUGGACUCAGCCUGGAAAUGUUCCCGGUCUCCUGUUGUCAUACCCGAUGAGGUCGGCGAUCGUAUUUACACCGAUUGCAUGUAUCGCAAGCAGCAACAUAUUAAAAAAUACUCGACAACAUCCGCGGGAAAUAGAAUUGUUCCAUAA